AUGCCUUCAAACCCAACACUAGAUACUCUGCCCAGUGAGACUCAACUCCAGAUCUUUUCUCAAAUCGCAGCCCACGACCUAAGCACAAUCGCUCGAACCUCGAAACGCCUCAACCAAAUUGCAACACCACUUCUCUGGAAUGAUAUUGAACUCCAUGAAGAAGGUUACCAUGAGUCCAGACACGAGCUCAAAGUCCCUGCCCCAGCGAGAGAUCCAGCGCGUCGGCCUUAUCAUCUCAAGCAGAAAUGGGGAAACGGGCAAGGCGCGCGUAUGAAAGCCUCUCAGUUCUUCGAGAUACUGCAAAUAAUGUACAGGGAGAACCCGGAUCGGUUGCAGCAAAUCACUCCCCGUGUGAGGCAUCUGUGUACCGUGAUUGAUCCUUCAUGGAGACCUGUGAAUGAGGAGGAUGAUUCCGUCGAUGCUGAGGCCAUUCAAGUCUGGCAUCUUUUGCCAUAUUUCUCAAGCCUGGAAACCUUGGAAUUAUACGGAGACUACUACGACUCUCAAGAGGUCGAGGAGCAGGUUUCUGAAAUUCUUGGGUCUCCUCCAAAACUUCGAUUUCUCAAGCUCUCGGGCUACAUGCCACGAGAAGUGCCAGCAUGGCUUCUCAAAGCAGGAGAUACUUUGGAGCGCCUAGAACUCGAUAUGUUGGGCCGCCCCAUCUCAACGUAUCUAUCUAAUGAUCCUCAUUUUACUCCUCUUCCAUGCGAGAAGAUAAAUACAGACGAUGGAGAUGCUUCUGAAUCAGACUACGGAAGUCUGGCUGACGACAUGAUCAUCCCUCGACCCCUGGGGAACAUUUUCACAGACUAUGGUGACUACAAGUUGAAGUUGCCGAAACUAAAGCAUUUGUUUCUUGGUCAGCCAGCAGAAUCAUGUCACACAAAUGAUUUCGCAACAUAUAGCUGGUCGAAGCGCGCAGAGUCAGCUUGCUAUGACGAUUGGCUUAGAAUUCUAGAGGCUUCAAUGAAAACACUUGAGACUUUGGUGCUGGAGCAGAGACCAUCGGCUGAUUUAAUUGAAGGUGAUGGUUACAGCGAAGACAUGUGGAUGGAGGAAAGGGCAUGGUCUCAUGCAAGUGAAAUACUUCUUGACAUGGUGGAAACAGUUAUCUCUUCUGAAACGAAUCAGCUACCCUUGAAGCGGGUAUAUCUGUAUGGUAUGGUCGUUGGUUUAGAAGAAGAAGGUUCGUCAUUUUUGGAUUUUCCCGCGGGCAAGUUUAUGCAGUUUCUGAAGGAUCGUGGGGUCGAGUGUGAAGCGAGGCGGGGCAGGUGGUGCUUUUUUGAUAGGCAGUCUGGAUCUGUGGAUUGGUGCUCUUGGGAUGCGGCGGAGGAGGAUAAAGAGGGGGAGGAGGAGGGGGAGGAUAUGGACGAGGACAAGGACCAAGAUGCUAAACCAAAGACGAAGUGGGAUGCUGUACUGGCCAAAGUUGGAAGCUUGGGGCUUGUCAUAUAUGAUUUGAACCAGUUUUAGUAGGAUUUGACGAAAAGUGACAGAAA